AGGGAUUUUAGCUGCAUUUUACAUUCAGAAAUCCAGUUAUAUCUCACACUGUUGACCAUGGAAGGAAAAAUAUCACAGGCUGAAGAGCUGCUAAAAUCAUCAGCCCUGGACAAAAAAGAAGAGGCAGUUAACAUUUUAAUUGGAAUUUCCAAACGAGGAGACAAGAAAGCCACAGCUAUCUUAGCAAAAUGUCUAAAGGACAGAGAUGGAAUCAAUGCAGAGAAUGAACAUGAAGUGGUGUGGUGUGUCAAUACAAAAGAGGAGGACAAGAGACUUCAAUAUGCUGUAGAAGUUCUUUAUAAUUCUUUGAAAAAGAAUGAUGAAGACAAGCUUGCUCUUCAAGAUAUUGAUGAGGCUCUGAAAGAAGCAGAGGCAAAACUUAAGGAAAAAGAGACUGCAAGUCAGGAAACCACCUCCACUGAAGAUUUAGAGAAAGACCAGGAAGAGAUAAAACAAGAUUUAAGCCUCAUGAGCUUGUUGAUGAAUGCUUUGACAGUUGGUGGACAGAAUGAAUUCACUCUGAGUGAGAUGAAGGAUACAGCUUUGGCAUAUGCUAGGGGUGAAGUACCAGAAGUUGUUACCCUGCUCAGUAAAGAGGACAUGGAGAAAUUUCAAAAAGCUUCUGUACUAGAAAAGGUCGUGCAGUUUCCACAGCAAUCACUCGAAUAUGCCAAACAUUUCCUUCUUGUGAAGAUUUCAAAGGAAGGAUCAAGUUUUUUGAAGUCCUUGAUUCCAACAUCUCAAAUACACAUGCUGUUCCUUCUGUACAUCUACAGCCAUCUUACUGGAGAUUUUCUGUGGUUUCUUGUCCCACUGGUUGUGUUCUAUAUUGCAUUCAUAUCUCUGGUGGUGUUCUCACUUCAAAUGUUUUAUGGUAGAGAAGCUCUGCGGCAGCUACGGAGUGUUGCAGAGCUCAUGAAAAAAUUUGAUCCAAGACUUGAUGCACAAGAGACAGAAAGGACAUUUAUGUGGAAAUCUUCAGCUCCGUAUGUGUAUUUUUUCAUUGUUUUGCUGAUAACAGUAGCAGUUCUUCCACUUUGUGACAAGCAAUGGAUCCCAUGUUCUGAAAUGUCUUUGGUGGCUCUCUUGUUUACAGUUUCAUCUUUCAGAGGUUUGCCUGACAAAUAUGAUGACUAUGCAUUGUACACUAUUCUCCUUAAACUAAUGACAACUGGGUUACGAAGCAUGGAGAAUGUAAGAGUCUUGGGUGUCCUGUGCUAUCCUAUCUCUAGGGUGCCACUUCCCUAUGGGUUGGAAUUAGCAAUCAGCCUCCCCUCCCUACUUCACGUGGUCAUCCUUGUGUUACUCAUCAUCAUGGCGGGUCGUCACUCUUGGCGAGGCAUAUAUAAAGUACUUGUCCCACACGCAGUGUGCCUACUCUGGUGUCAGCUGUUUACGGAAUUAUUCCAUUUCACCUCAUGGGCGAGCCUGCUUCGUGCCACGGUGGGGUGGGUCAUUUUUGUCACCAUGCUACCCUUUCUGUUCCUAUUCACCGUUGGUCUUACAAUCACUUAUUUCUUGAAGUGGUUUAUGACUCUUGACAUCGCUCUGAAACUUGCUGUUACUGCAAUCAUCCUCGCAGUUACAUCAGUGUUCUUCUAUUACUCCAAAAUGGAAAUUCCCUAUUCGGGCAAACUCCAGCGCAAGAAGAAACUGCUAAUGAUCGUGGCGGGCCUAGCGGUGUUUUGCCUUUUGGUCCCUAUUGUUUUUGUCAAUUUUGUCCCUUCUCUAUAUGGCUCCCCAAAGCCCUUGACUUGGGCAGAGUAUUCCAAAACUUGUGGAUUGGACGCCAGGGAAAGUGAAAAUGUGAACAUGGCAUCAGUACAGAUACAGUGCUCUGAAUUUCAGGGUGAGUCAGUGAACUGGACUGGAACUGUGGCUUAUGUCAAGGUAACCUCACUGGAAAAUCGUUUCAGACGCCUGUUAGCAUUCCUGCCUGUGUUUUUGCGGCCGACUUUCAAGUGCCUCCUUGGAGGAGAAGAAGAUGACAAUAUUGUCAGUUCUCCUCAGAAAAGCUCAUGGCUCCCAAGGGCGAGAGGACCGUGCCACCUUAAAACUUUUGACAGGUACACGUUUUCUGUUGGGGUGAACAUGACGGAUUCCAAGUCACACAGCAGUGAAGUGAUUCAAGUUACAGUGAAGCAUCGCUUCUAUCAUUCCAUGGUCACUUUACAAAAAUACACACAGAUCACAUUUGAAGGACGCUUACAAAACGGUCCGCCUUACGUGACUGUCAGCGCCAAGAGACUUUAUAUCGACGGCGUUAAGGUCAAACCACGGAUUGGACUGGGGCGUGACGACAUAUAUGAAGGAUUGCGUGACUCAGGCAGAUUCAUGGCCCAGUUCUUUAUGACUCCCUUGGUAACUGAGAGAGAUGAACACGACGAUGACUAAGUCCUAGCUGUUGUGAUAGACGAUUAGUGUGUUCCAACCACUUAAGUAGGGUACCCUAAGGUAAUGAAUAGAAAAGGGUGCUAGAGUCUCUGGGUACUUAAUCAUAACAGGGUAUCAGAGCCUCUAGGGUAUUGAAUAAUUGACCCCGUUCAUAGAAAGGUCUUUUCUCUCCAGAGAGGCCAUGUUUGCACGAAAAGGCACCUGCAAGAGAGUCAACUUGAAUAUUUUAGUAACCGUGAGAAGAAGUUGCCCAAGGUUAUUGGAAGAAAAGGUAACAAUAUCACCGUUCUUGUUUAUAUCUCAAUAAAGCUCCGACUUAUUUUCAAGAGGAAAAUCUUGAUCUAAUGAUUGAUGCUUCAGAAAAAAUAUAUGUUAUUAUCAGGUUUGAAAAAAGUAUUUAAUUAUUAAGUUUACAUUAUUUUAAAUAGUAAUUCAUUAUUAUCCUAAGUCUACUUUCUUUAUUUACUUAGAUGUUCAGUUUCAUAUUACUUUGCGGCGCAACUGCUGUUCUAAAGACAUAUUAGAUUCAAAGCCUAUAAUCAAAGUCUUCUUCGAAGUUAAUAAAAUGUUUUGUUGGUAA